AUGGCGGCACUUCGAGUGGCAGCCUUGGAGCUCAGGUCCGUCGACCUGCAGAACGCCAGGAACAACCAGGAUCAUCACACGCAGGAGAUGGGCCUGCAGCGGCUCAUCAUGCGCCACGGUGAGUCCUUCACAAUCCAGCUGCAUUUCAACCGACCCUUCCACUCUGGGACCGACUACAUCACCUUGGUGGCUGCGACACGACCAGAGCCCACAGAGCUGCUGGGAACCCGAGCCACUUUCUUGCUCACCCAGGCCCGACAAGGCAAUGUCUGGAGUGCUUCUGACUUCACCAUUCAUGCCAACUCGCUCUUUGUCUCCCUUUUCACACCGGCCAAUGCAGUCAUUGGUCCCUACACUCUGAAGAUGGAGAUCUCUUAGGGCCCUGGUCACAGCACAACCCACCCUCUGGGGACUUUCAUCCUGCUUUUUAACCCUUGGAGUGCAGAGGACGACGUCUACCUGCCAAGUGAAAUACUGCUGCAGGAGUAUAUCAUGAUGGACUAUGGCUUUGUUUACAAUGAUCAUGAAAGAGUCAUCACCCCCUGGCCCUGGAACUAUGGGCAGUUUGAAGAGGACAUCAUAGAUAUCCGCUUUGAGAUUCUGAACAAGAGCCUGUACUUCUUAGAGAACCCAUCCAAAGACUAUUCCCAGUGGAACAAUGUAGUGUAUGUCUGCAGGGUGGUGAGCGCCAUGAUCAACAGCAAUGACGACAGCGGUGUGCUGCAGGGGAGCUGGAGAGAGGACUACUCCCAGGCGGUCAGCCCACUGGAGUGGACGGGCAGCGUGGCCAUCCUGCGACAGUGGGCGGCCAGGGGCAGGCAGCCUGUGAGGUAUGGGCAGUGCUGGGUAUUUGCAGCUGUUAUGUGUACCGUAAUGAGAUGCUUAGGUGUUCCAACCCGUGUCGUUUCCAAUUUCCAUUCUGCACACAACGUGGAUGCAAACUUGACCAUCGACACCUACUAUGACCAACAUGCAGAGAUGCUGCCAACUCAGAAACGAGACAAAAUAUGGAAUUUCCAUGUCUGGAACAAGUGCUGGAUGAUCCAGAAAGAUCUCCCUCCAGGAUACAACGGGUGGCAGGUUCUGGACCCCACUCCCCAGCAAACCAGCAGUGGGUCGUUCCACUGUGGCCCUGCCUCCAUAAAGGCCAUCAGGGAAGGGAAAGUCCACCUGCCCUACGACACCCCAUUUGUGUAUGCUGAGGUGAACGCUGGUGAAGUUGUUUGGCUGUUGGAGGAUGGCCAGGCCCAGGAAAUCCUGGCCCAUAACAUCAGUUCCAUCGGGAAGGAAAUCAGCACCAAGAUGGUAGGGUCAGACCAGAGCCAGAAUAUCACCAGCUCCUACAAGUACCCAGAAGGAGCCGCUGAGGAGCGAUCUGUGUUCACGAAGGCCUCCCAGAAAAUGCUGGGCCCUUGGAGGGCCUCUGCACCCUUCCUGGACCUGCUGGGGUCUGGGGGCUUUGAGGAUCAGCCAGCACAGCUGCAGCUUUACCCGACCAGGAAGCCUGAGUGGGGCCAGGACCUGCUGCCGAAGCUGCAUGCCCGGAGUCUGGCAGAUAGAGCCCAACCCCAGGGGCCCAUCCGCCUAGUGGUGAAUUUCUGUGUGCAGACCCUGCUGCACGACGGUGGCACCUGGGAGCCCCUCUGGAGACAAAUAGUGCAGUUGACCCUGGACUUCGAGGAGGAGACACAGUGGCUGCUCAUGCUACCCUACAACAAUUAUAGAAACAAACUGAUGGAUGAAAAGCUGAUCUGUGUGUCUGGCAUAGCCAAGGUGGAGGAGACAGGGAGGUCCAUGCUGGUCCUAAAAGAUAUCUCCCUAGGGCCUCCCCACUUAUCUACUGAGGUGUCCGAGAGGGCCGAGGUGGGCAAGGCCCUGAGAUUCCACAUCUCGCUCACCAAUACCCUCUCGGUGGCUCUGAGUCACUGCACAAUGGUUCUGGAGGGCAGUGACCUCAUCAAUGGGCAGAUAACAAAUGAUCUUGAAACUCUGGUGGCCGGACACACCAUCCAAAUUCAACUGGACCUCUACCCCAUCAAAGCCGGACCCCACCAGCUGCAAGUCCUCAUCAGCAGCAACGAGAUCAAGGAGAUCAAGGGCUACAAGUACAUCUUCGUUGCUGCAGGAAGGGCUUCUUGA